UAUUUGACGAGCUCUCACCCACCGCCACGACCACGUUUCGUCACCUUUAAAUCUCAAACUGUGGUGGUUUUAUGUCAUUGUGGCGGUAAUUUGCAGUUUGUUUUACUGCGGGAUAUAAAAUGCGUUGUUCGGAUUGGGGGCGUGUCUCCGAGCGCGAGCUGUAGGACUCAUAUCGUUCCCAUGUUAUUCAGUGACACUUUAACAAGGAUAUUUUGACUACAUCAUUUAGUAGUCAGACAGGUGCACCCAACCGCCUAUUUCUGGAUAAUAUAGUAAGCAGAAUAGACCGCUUUUCACAACAUGUAGGUACAUGCGCGAUAUUGUCUCUGUGAGGGUUUUCAGCGGUAGCAGUGCGCUUUCAGUUCCCCUUUCUAGUGUAGCUGAACGGGCCCGUCUCAUCUCCUAAUAUCCUGAAACAUGGAGCACACCGGCUGCGUCAACAUCUGCAGUCUCACCAGCACCUUACCGGUGAUCCCGUAUCGGAAGCUAACGGACCUGCACUACCUCAGUAAGGGAGGCUUCGGGACCGUGUUCAGGGCGCAGCACAGCGACUGGCGCACCACGGUGGCGGUCAAGUGCUUGAAACUAGAUUCACCGGUUGGUGAGAGGGAAAGGAAUUGUUUAUUGAAGGAAGCUGAGGUGCUUCACAAAGCUCGAUUUAACCACAUCAUCCAGAUCUUUGGGGUGUGUAAUGAGCCCGAGUUCUUCUGCAUUGUGACUGAGUACAUGACCAAUGGAUCACUGGAUGAGCUUCUACAUGAGAAAGAUAUGUACCCAGUGGUGGCCUGGACAUUGAGGCUGCGUAUUCUUUAUGAGAUCGCUUUAGGAGUAAACUUCCUCCACAAUAUGUCACCACCCCUUCUACACCAUGAUCUUAAAACUCAGAACAUCCUGAUGGAUGGGGAGUACCAUGUUAAGGUUUGUGCAGAUUUGCUUGAAGAUGUCUCCAUACCCCAUUUUAUUCGACUUUCACAU